UCGCGCAGGAGAGUCUUCUUCGAGUCCACAACGAACAUGGCUGCUGCGGUCAGGAUGAGGACGUGGAGCCGUCCGAGCAGAGGAGUUCUCUUCCCGUGCGGAGUCCUGUUCGUCGUUUUAGUCUGCAGCAGCAUGAACGCAGUCGACGCCGCCCCAGAAACUGGCCUGUGGAGAAUCACCGUUGUAAAUACCUCAAGACCACUGCUGUUAAGGAAAUCCAUGUAUACAGACACUGAUAUUGAAUUGAAAGUUGUGUCUUUUGGCUGUCCUGAGGAGGUGACCUUCACUAUUCACUGGUUAUUAAAAUACUACCCCUGUCAUAAUGAGUUCAGCAACAUUGAUGAAAUGUACGAGAGAACACCUCUGAGUCGCGGGGAGAGUCUGGAUCCAAAUCCCCUGGGACAAGGAGAGUUCAUCGAACACAAGCACAGUCCUGUGACAUGUAACACUUUGCUGCGCUCUUUCCCGAUGCUAAAAAAAGCCAAGGCAGACCCUCGUCCAGUCAUUCCACCUGUCGAGGGCAAAGUGCCAGAUGAAAAUGAAACCAGAUUGAUUACUGAGGAGUAUGAGAGCAGCAGUACCACCAAGAACCGCAGUGUAAAUAUCAAAGAAAACAUCAUAGCCACCACAUGGAAGGACGGGCCUUACCUGCUGGUGGUCAAGAUCGUGCCCAGUAAACAAGAUGCUAACUGGAAUUUAACAGUUAAUGUGGUGAUGAAAGGCAGCCAUGGCUACAUUUCUAUCACAGAAUGGCCUCUCAUGAUUUUCUACAUGGUGAUGUGCAUAAUGUACAUCCUGUACGCCCUGCUGUGGUUUGUCUGGGCAGCGUGUUACUGGAAGGAUCUGCUGAGGAUCCAGUUCUGGAUAGCGGGGGUCAUAUUCCUCGGGAUGGUGGAGAUGGCCGUCUUCUGCGCCGAAUAUGAAAACACCAAUAUUGUCGGCUCUGCUUCUUCAGGCUUGUUGAUCUUUGCAGAGCUGGUCUCUGCCCUCAAGAGGACUUUGGCUCGAUUGCUUGUCAUCAUUGUCAGUCUGGGCUAUGGCAUUGUAAAGCCUCGACUUGGGACUGUGAUGCACAGAGUUGUGGGGCUCGGUAUCCUCUACUUUGCCUUUGCCAGCAUUGAAGGUGUCCUGAGGAUAACUGGGGGUAGAGACAAUGGCCCCGCUGUCAUUACGGCAAUUUGUCUGGCUGUGCUUGACUCCUGUGCCAUCUGGUUCAUCUUCGUCAGCCUGGCACAAACCAUCAAGACUUUGAAGCUGAGGAGAAACCCGGUCAAGUUGUCUCUCUACAGGCACUUUACAAACACACUGAUAUUUGCUGUGAUUGCCUCCAUCAUUUUUAUGGGUUGGACAGCAAAGAAAUUUCGGCUAGCAGAUUGCCAGUCGGAUUGGAUUGAGCUGUGGGUGGAAGAUGCUUUUUGGAGGUUCCUGUUCUCCAUCAUUCUGCUCGUCAUAAUGUUCUUAUGGAGACCGUCUGCCAACAACCAAAGGUACGCUUUCACACCUCUCAUCGAUGACUCUGACGACGAUGAGGAGAUCGAGGAGUUCAUCGCCUCUACAAACAUCGCUGAUGGCAUUAAGUUGAGAGCAACUAAAAGUGAGACAAAUGGCACAGUGAAGGCUGCAGAAACAAACGCAGAGGAUGAUUUGAAGUGGGUGGAGGAUAACAUUCCCAGCUCUCUGGCUGAUGUAGCUCUACCUGUCCUGCUCGACUCCGAUGAGGAAAUCAUGACGACAAAGUAUGAGAUGUCAAAGUUGGAGUGAGGAAAAACAUUACCAGGCUUCAGCUGAACCAAACUGAGGUUUCCUCCAGUCGGACGGUGGUGGUGGUGCAGUGCCAUUUAGCUUUUCAGGGGCUCCUCCUGAAUGUCUGCUUCGCAGGGUGGUGCAGGUCACAAUUCGUGAGGACCUCUGCUCAUUUCCUCAACCUCUCGAGAACAAAGAACUGUACCAGAGGAAGACUCGUCCUUUCACUGACCAACUGGUUCACCGUUUCCCUGAUAAGAUGAGUUUGAGGCUUUCAUUCCAAAGAGAAUGUUUAAUUUUGUUUAACGUGCUGUAUUUAUUUCCGUUACUCCGAUGUGAAUUUAUUUUAUCAGAGAAUUGAGGACCACGUGCAUGGAAGAACUUUUAAAUAUGCAUUAAGUGUCUUUAUGAGGGUCCCUUCUUUUUCAAAAAAAAAAUGUCUAUGAUGGGGUGAAAUAAUGAAAAGGCCUUUUUCUCAGUAAUUAACAAAGAGAAGGAUGAUUGAUGACUGAUUGAUUUCAAACAGGAUCUUUCUUUAUAUAUAAGUAGUUAAGUUUGCAAAAGUUAGAGAAUCGCUGUGUCCUUCAUGUGACUUUGUCUGAAGCAUAUUUUUUUUGUUGUUGUUGCCAGCACCUGAAAUUUGACACCAAGGAAAUUGUGAAAAUUAACACAACUUUGAAUAGAACAUUUGCUCUUAUGCACUUUGAAGAUCAAAACUGUGCCUACACGUAGUACUUGUACCCGACCUAAUAUGUUCAGGAAUCUGAGAGUAAAAUGUAUAAAAAAAGUGUUGUUCACGUCUUACAUUGAAAACUACCCGGCAUCCUCCAGUAUUGGUGUGCGAGUGAUUGUGAGAGGGACGAGGGACGAGGCUCAGCUGUUAAAUUUUAAUCGAAAUGUUGCUGGGAAGUGGCGUUUUCCCGUCGUGUUUUGAAUCUAAUGUAAGUGUGGGUGGCCUGGUUUUUUUGUCCUCUGAAAUAAGGAGCAAUAUACUGUAUAUGUGUUGGUAUGGUGAUGAAAUCAUUUAAUUAUUUAUUUGUUUUUCAAGUGUACUUAUAAGUUGUUAAAGCGUGUGUUAAAACAAGUGUGUUUACAAUGUGUGCUUCCAUUUUUUAAUGACUCGGAUCCGGCACGGUCUCAUGAUGUAUUGGGCAACGACUGCAAACGUCAGCCUGUUACUUAUUUCUUGCAGUGUUUGUUUUCUUUGCCGCUAAAAUGUGGUGUUCCAGAGACAUUUUAAUAACAUUCAUGUUCUUUCAGAAAGUCUUAAUACGUUUAUUUUCUGUGGGUUCCUUUGAAAAAGAAAAUGGCGUGGUAUUUUUUAUGUCAAAGUUGUUUUGGUGUUGGAACACUGUCGCCGUCAAAUUUAUUUUUGUUGUCUCGAGUAAACGUGACUUCCGUUCAUUUGUCCAGGCCAUAACUUGUCAUGAUACACUCCUUAAAGAUCUGUGGUCAGCUCCAGCACAAGCUGAUCGUCUGAAUGGGUUUAUAAUGUCACUUCCAACUCUGGUUGGAAACAUGGAACAAUUGUGUUUACGAUGACACACUGUCCUUCGGUUAUAUAAAACCGCAGACACCUGCAGUGGACCUUUGAUUAUUUGUUCAGAUGGGUUGUGGCUCAUUCCUGUUGUUUCGUAACUCCAGAUGUGGAGCAGUGUCUGGAUAAUGUGACCUUUUUCUUUCUUUCAUUUUAUUAUUAAUUUUCAUGAGUGUCGUGAAGAACUGGGCUUAAACUUGUCAUACCAGCAGUCUUCUUCUCCCUUCCUUCUCAGGAAGUUUGUACACUCAGAUGAAAUAGGAAAUGAAUACAGGAGAAUCUUUGUUUCCUGAUCUAUGAUUUUCAGUAUUGUUUUGGCAAUAAAAACUCACUACAUAUUUUUCAAUGGA